AUUUUCAACAGACGUCAUCAGGAACAGAAAGUCUCAAGAGUCCAAGAUUUAGCAGUACGAGCAAGUGGAGAAGCACCUGUCGUACAGUCCUCGCGUGUUCUCACGCGCCGACUCAAUACUCUCCUGUCGACGCCGACAUUGGCUCUCCGGCGUUGUCGUUGGAUUUCGUAGGCUCUUUGAGCUUUGUUAGCAUAAAAAGCAUGGCACCAAAUACGCAUGUCAAAAGAGCGUUCAAAGCUAUGAAUGAUCUUGGAAUAACGGAUGCGCAAGUGAAGCCGGUCUUGAAGAACCUUCUCACCCUUUACGACAAGAACUGGGAGUUGAUAGCCGAGGACAACUACAGGGCUCUCGCUGAUGCUAUCUUCGACAGCCAAGAGUCUCAUGCCACUGAAGAAGUAAAAGGAAAGGAGAAGAAGGGAGAUGAAGCUGAAAGCAGCGCUGUGGAAGUUGACAGAGGAAAGAAGAAGGCGCUUGAAUCUCUCGAGGAAGAUGAAGAUGAGCUUGAACCCCCUUUAAAGAGGCUGCGACGCAGAGGUGAAGGAGUCUCUGCUUCCGGGGACUUGGGAAGUCCCAGUUUAGAAGAGCACACAACUCAUGACGAAGACACUACUAUCUCAUUACCAUUUCAUCCUCAACCAACCGAAAAUAACGCUGAUGCUGAAACAAAUGGACAUGGUGACGAUCCUCGUACAAGUAUUAAGAGAUAUAGUGAGCAGAGGCUGGCUACAACCCUGGAAGAAUCUUCAACACUUGAAUUAGCUUCUUCUGAGACGGGUGAAGUGAAGAUUAAUCUGAGUUUUGCCCCUGCAACUGGAGGAUCCAAUCUACGUGUACCCACUAUGGAGGAACUGCGAAGAGCAAUGGAGGAUAAGUGUCUCCGUUCUUACAAAAUACUCGACCCUGACUUCUCUGUUGGUCGUUUUAUGGGCGACAUCGUUACUUGCUUCCUCGAACUAUCAAAAAACGCAGCCAACCAGCCGCCAGAAAGCUUGCCGACGAAUGUUGAAGAAAAGGGAGAAGCUGGUGAGUCCAAGGGUUUAGUAGUAGUUCCAGAGUGCCAGAUCUCUGCGGAGGAUUUUAGAUUGAUAAGCAGCAUUAAUGAUGUCACUCUUGGAAAAGAAACUCUUGAGAUUCCCUGGGUGAAUGAAGUCAACAGCAAGGUUCCUCCACCCUUUCGAUACAUACCCCAAAGCUACGUCUAUCUAGAUGCUGCAGUGAAGUUUUCAGUUGGGAACAUGAGGGAUGAUGACCAACGCUGCUCCUCUUGCUGUGGAGAUUGCUUGGCUCCUUCAGUGGCAUGCAGUUGUGCAACUGCACUUAGUGGCCUCACGUCAUACACAAAAGAUGGCCUCCUGCAGAAUGAUUUCCUGGAAGAGUGUGUCUCUGAGGCACGUGACCCGCAGAAACAUGUGUUGCAAUUUUGCAAAGAAUGUCCGUUGGAGAAGGCUAAAAACAUAGAGAUUCUGGAACCGUGCAAGGGGCAUCUAAAGAGGAAGGCCAUUAAAGAAUGUUGGAUCAAUUGUGGCUGUAUCAACAAAUGUGGCAACAGAGUUGUCCAACAUGGCAUUCAUAACAAGCUGCAGGUGUUUUUCACGCCCAAUGGGAGAGGUUGGGGACUCAGGACUCUAGAAAAGCUGCCUAAAGGAGCAUUUGUCUGUGAGUUUGCUGGAGAAAUAUUGACCAUUUCGGAGUUGAUCAAGCGUAGCUCGGAGAAGCUUACCUUUCCGGUAAUAUUGGAUGCACACUGGGGUUCUGAAGAAGCUUCAGGUGUCGACAAAGCUCUUUGCCUUGAUGGAAUGCAUUAUGGAAAUAUUUCCAGGUUUAUCAAUCACAGAUGCUCAGAUGCAAAUUUGAUUGACAUCCCAGUGCAUGUGGAGAAUAUGGACUUUAACUACUAUCAUCUCGCGUUCUUCACAACAAGAGACAUCGAGGCUCUGGAAGAACUAACAUGGGAUUAUGGCGUCGAGUUCAACGAUCAUGUUUAUCCCACGCUUCCGUUCCAUUGUCAAUGUGGUAGCGAGUUCUGUCGGAAUGUUAAGCGGAUAAGCAAAAGCAAGAAGGCAAAGAAGAGAGCAUAAGAGCUCGCAGUGUUGUUUUUUUUUUUUUGAUGAUGUUUGGUGUCCCAAACUGUUUUUGUGAAUGAAUUGCCAACUUUUCCAAAAACUCUCUGUUGUUGUCUAUUCAUCAAGGCAAACAAGCUCUAGUGUAUAUCGUAACUUAGGUUCUAAUAGCUCUGGCUUUGGUUUGACCAUCUAAAAUCCUCUCUGUCUAUGUAUGGUUAUGGCUUUGGUUUGUCAUUAUAGAACAUG